AUGGCAGAUCAACUGAAAGAGAUGGCCGAGCUGCCUAAAGACUUCAUCCGCGAUGGCACACAAUUCCUGAAUCGCUGCACAAAGCCCGACAAGCGCGAAUUCCUCAAGAUCUCCCAGGCCGUCGGUGUGGGCUUCUUGAUCAUGGGUGUGAUCGGAUACAUUGUCAAGCUGAUUCACAUUCCUGUAAACAACAUAUUGGUCGGAGCGUCAUAG